CCCCCACCCGCACAGGCAAUCCCAUAUACUAAUCGAUCCGUAAUACAACCUCUACAAUAAUGCUCAGAGCAUCCAUCCGCGCUUCUACCAGGACUGUCCGCAACGCCAGGACCGCCUUCCGCCCUCGCUACAACUCUUCCCAGGCCCACUCCUCUUCUAAGCCGGGAUCUGACAGACCAUGGGCAAUCGCUUCCGCUAUCAUUACUAUUCCCACUCUUGCCUACCUGAUCAAGCCCAGCUCGAAGAAGUCCGCCGCUGACCACCACGCCAUUGAGGCCGUCAAGGAGGCUCCUUCUCAGGCUGCCGAUGCCGCUCUCUCUGUCAUUCCUGAUAGCGUGAAGGACACCGUUGGCUUGUCCACCUCCAAGGUCAGCGAUGCUGCCGAGGCCGUUGAGGACAAGGCCAAGGACCUUGUCGGUGAGGACAAUGUCGAGAAGGCCAAGGAGUACGUGGGCGCUAGCUCUGACAAGGCUUCCAAGACCGCCGAGAAGGUCGAGGACAAGGCUAAGGAGACUGUUGGUGAGGACAAUUUUGUGAAGGUCAAGGACAAGGCCGAGGACGUCGUUGACCAGGCCAAGGAGAAGGCAUCUGACGUGGCUGACAAGGUCUCCGAGAAGACCGAGGAUGCCAAGGACAAGGCUUCCGAGGCUUCCGAGAAGUCUAGCUCCACCGCUGAUGAUUUGAAGGAGAAGGCCUCCGACGCUGUCGACUCUGCUAAGAACAAGGCCUCCGACGUCGCUGAUAAGGUUUCUGACAAGACCUCAGAGGUUAAGGAGAAAUCUUCCGAUGGCGCCGACCUGGCUAAGAACUCUGUGUUCUCCUCUGAGAAGGCCGCCAAGCACGUUCCCGCUCACAUGAAACUCUCCCCAUCUGACAAGAACGAUACUCCUGACAACAAGGAGUCUUCCUCCUCUUCCUCUGAGGAGAAGGAUGCUUCUGGUGAGUCUGUGAUCAAGGCUCAGCCUGGCGACAAGGAGAAGUCCGACAAGCAGGCCUCCACAGAGAACCAGCAAAUAGAGGGACAGAAGGGUCUUUCCAACACCGAGACUAAGCACCCUCUCCUCGGUGAGAUGGCUAGUAAGACUGGAACCGGACAGGCCCCUGCUCAGAAGCAGGAGGGUACCGUUGACCCCAGCGCUACGGAGGCCAACCGUUAA